AUGGGAGCGUUCGAGGAACAUCUCUAUCACGUAUUCGCUGCCUGCGACGAGCAGAAGACCGGAUACAUCGACCGAAGCACAUUUCGGCGACUCUGCGAUCCGGUCCGGAUGACGGACGACGAGUUUGAUUUCAUUUUCUGCGAUCUGGACGCGGAUAAAGAUGGCCGCAUCAGCAUACAAGAGUUCGUCUGCGGCUUUCGCUCGGUUCCUCUGUGCCUUACCGACGACUCGGGGAUGGACGCUAACGAUGGAGAUGAGAUGCCGACCGACAUGAGCGACGACCAGACGACUCCACGCAUGGCGACACGUUACCGUCGGCUCAGCGACGAAGCGCACUCACGCACCAACAUCGUGCCAGACAGCCGUACGCUUGAUAUCGCCGUGACGGGCAUUAGCACUGCCGGUGCACGGUCAAGCAAUGCGCGGGACGCGCGGCAGUUCGCUCGAUCAGAGCGACCAUGUAGCACGAACAGCACCGCGCCGUCACACGCCCAUUCUUCGUCACCACGAGACACGGCCGAAGCCGACGGAGAGCGAGCUGAACGGAGAACGCCAUGCUGCCAUGCAGACGUCGACGUUAGCUGUGGGACAUCGCCGAGAACUAAACGCGGCACGAUUAUACGGAGAAGUCAGCGCACGAAGCGCGACAAACUGCGCGACGGCAUUCCGACACGCAGCGGCUCGUUUAGACGAUAUUAUAUUGCCGACGCGCAGAAAGCGUGGGACGCGUUCGUAGCAGACGCACUCCACAAUGAAUGGGGCGAGAGCAUGCCGAUUCCACGCCAGGAGGAUGUGUGCGAGCUCUAUCAACAACUGCAUUCACGUGGCUCACCAAAGCUGCUCAGUCUAUUUGAGGACAUUAUCGUCAAUGUCAUAUCUGAUUUACAUAUAGCAAAGGGUGAGAAGGAAAGACUUGAACAGCAAUAUAACAAAGAGAAGGACCAACACAGCGCUCACCUCCGCACGUUAGAAGAUGAGAUUGAGUGUCAAGUUCAAAAAACCGAACACAGAAUUAAGACAGAAGAAAAAAAGCGAGCGGAAACAGAACUGUUUCUUCUAGAGGAAGAGCUGAAGCAAGAGAUAAAAGAACUGCAAUUAAAGCUGAAACGCUAUCAACAGACGGAAGCCAAGAUGAAUGCGGAUAAAGAUAAAGCGAAACUACAAACGCUGGAGUUAAAGAAUAGGGCCUCCGUGCUGACAGACGAGAACAAAACACUGCGAACGAAGAUAGCGGAAAGUCAAACGAAUCUGACCACGUUACACAGCGAACUCGCUCAACAGCAGAUUCAACAUGAUGACUGCCAAGAACAACUGCUCGUUGAACGACAACAACUUCAAGAAGUGGUGGGCGAACAACAGAGCCUUUUAAACCAAAUCCAAAUGCUCCAUGAGUCUAAUCGCCGUCUGCAGGACGUGAACGACGAUCUACGAUCGACGAUGGAGCUGCAUAAAAAAGACACGCAAAACAAGAUGCGCAGAUCGAUCAGACGCCGUACAACAUUGCCACUACACGCCAGCUUACCGCUACCGAGACUGGUCGAAGACGUGGCGUCGCCGUCGCCACAGCGCAGGUUGAAACGGUCAUCGGACAACCCCGACGCCCGCUCGUUGAACUCUGACAUCGCGGAAGAAUUGGAAGAAGAUGAGACAGAAAAAGCAAACUCGACAGACUCUGAAGGUGAAUCAAUGGGGAGUGUCGGGCCGUGUUCGCUGUCAGAGGAGCUGUCUCACGCCGUCAGCUCGUCGUGCCGGGUCACCGAGUGGAACGAGACUCACCACAACGCCAGCAGCGUUGAAGAGCUCGCUGAUAGCGGCAUUUCAACGUUGAGAGGAAGCGAAUCGUCCGGCUCGCCUGGAUCACAGGAUCUCUCCUAUAAUCCUCUGACAAACGCUCAUAUCCAGCCGCAGUUGAAGUUCGAGCCAGAACGAAUGUACAAGCUCGUGUUAGCUGGAGACGCAGCUGUCGGCAAAUCGAGUUUCAUCCAGCGUUUCUGCCAGGACCGGUUCAAUCCCAAUAUACACUCAACAUUAGGUGUGGACUUUCAAAUGAGAUCGCUAGAAGUUGACGGACGCAAAGUCGCACUGCAGUUGUGGGACACCGCUGGUCAAGAAAGAUUUAGGAGUAUAGCAAAAUCAUACUUCAGACGAGCGGACGGUGUCUUAAUGCUAUAUGACGUCACGUACGAGCGAUCGUUCCUGAACGUACGGGAGUGGGUGGACACUGUAACUUCCAGUGCUUCCCAAGAAAUACCAAUAAUGCUUUGUGGCAAUAAGACGGAUUUACGAGAUGCCCUGAUUCAGAAAGGGAGCAAUGUUGUGAUGGAAGCAGACGGCAAACAAUUGGCACGGGAACAUGGCACAUUUUUCAUUGAGACGAGUGCAAAAGACGGAUCAAACGUGGAAGAGGCCGUACUUGAGUUGGCUAGGCAACUAUGUGCCAAUGAAGACAUCGAUGUCAAAAGUUCAGGGAUUACACUCAGAGAGGGGGCUGGCAAGAAAAAAGGGAAAUGUAGUUGCUAAACAUACAUAUUCGUAUCCGCGGUUUGCUGUUAUGUACACGGUUGCUUAUGAACAUUAUUAUCAGGAGUGAAUAUAAACAAACAAUUCACUCGUUAUAUAUAUUAUUUUAUUUCUAUAUUUAUUCAAUUAAAUAACUUUGUAAUUAGAUUGGCUUAAAAAUAGAUUGGCUUGUAAGCAAUCUUCUUAAAAUUAUCUCCGAGAAAUUUAACCUACAUCUUGCACUGAAGAUGACAAUGUAGCAACUACAACUUUAAAGCGUCAAUAAACCAUAUAGACCGCAAUGCAACAAGCCAAAAGAGCUAUAUUUAUUGAAUUUUGUGACCACCAUCUGGCAAAUACCUGAAAUGUUCACAUAGCUGAGGAAAAAUAUAAGGAAUAAACACACAAAGUCGUAAAGUGUGGAACUUUAAUUUCUGAACGGUAACGUCCCACAGCUAGGUGGCGCAACGGUAACGUCCUGCAGGCCGCAGCUAGCACACACGCACGCGCGCGCGCACACACACACACACACACACACACACACACACACACACACACACACACACACACACACAUUUUUUGUUCCUUCUUCGAUCCGUAUUUAUAAUCGGACAUGUACGCAGAGUAUUUUUUGUACUUUCCAGAACAUGUCAUUGAAGAAAGAAAGAAAUAGGAUACAUUAAUGUUUAAUUUAAUUCUUAAAUCUUAAAAUGCUUGGAAAUAAAACAAAAUAAUUUUUUUCUAUAUAUUAAUAUUAUAUGUGUAGGCUACUGCAAAUGUGCGGUAUAUGUUGUGUUGAUAUACGGUUAUGUUAUCUGUGUAAAAAUGUGAGGAAAACAAAUUUCCAUCUGGACAAUAAAAUUGAAUUUGAACAUA